AUGACUAUAACAUUGCCCACGCAUUCGGACUGCUGUGACGACAAUGGCAUCGACGACAGCUCCAGUGAGUCGAGCCCCAGCGAGUGCCUCGACGUAACGAAGGACGAUGGGUGGGAAGAUGUCGAGCCGGACGAAGAGAACACUUCUAUUGUCAGUCUGUUUAGCAACAAAAUAUUCCGAGAUGCCCAAUCGAUGCUAGAAGACUGUAAAGAAAAUUUUAAUUUCGACCUUUUAAAGGUGCGAAGGGACUUCGACCUAGAUUUUUUGGGCACUAUAAAGCUUGUUAACUAUGUGCGCUCCGAGGUUAAGUCAGGUAACAUGACUCCAGAUGUAUCGUCGACCUCUCUAUUCGAAGACGAUAAAUUCCUGAAGCCAGUGUUGGAUGACGAUGCGCUUCUAUAUAGCUUGGAAGAUGUUUCAGACAGCCUGUAUGAUGAGCCGGCAGCAAAUCCGGCUCAACGCAUAAACGUCCUUGAAGCGGAGCUUGCUCGUCUUAGAGAGGAGUUCGUCGAGUACAAGCACAUGGUACAGAAGUCCCUAGGCAAGCAGCUGGGGAGCGAGGCCGAAAAGGACUUGCCAGUCUUAUCGAAUCAACAAAAUAGGGAAAAGGGCACAGAUUCAGAAAGAUUUAAAAAUGCCGAAGCUGGGUAUUUCACUUCUUAUGCAUACAAUACGAUACACGAAUCGAUGCUGAAGGAUACGAUACGUACAGACGCUUAUCGUGAUUUCAUAUAUGACAAUAAAAGUCUUUUUAAAGACAAAAUCGUCCUCGAUGUCGGCUGUGGUUCUGGAAUCCUUUCUAUGUUUUGUGCAAAGGCUGGGGCAAAAAUGGUCAUUGCCGUGGAUAACUCGGACAUAAUUGAUAAAGCGCGUCAAGUUGUGUAUGAUAAUGGCUUUGGGGAUGUGAUCAAAUGUUUACGUGGGAAAAUUGAAGAGGUGGUUCUGCCAGUACAACAAGUGGACAUCAUUGUUUCGGAGUGGAUGGGCUACUGUCUGCUAUUCGAGGCAAUGCUAGACUCGGUGCUCUUCGCACGAGAUCGCUAUCUUACCCCAGGUGGUUUGAUGGUGCCCUCCCAUGCAACACUGCGAAUAGCUCCUAUUGCAGACAGCGAUUUUAUGGAUGAUAACGUCUCUUUUUGGAACUCAGUGUACGGAUUUAAAAUGUCGAGCAUGCUGGAGAACGUGUACGACGAAGUUCUAAUCCAAACAGUUAAACCAUCGGCGCUGGUUGGAGACUCCGCUCUAUUUUUGUCCCUUCCUUUGCACAAGGUGACAGUUGAGCAGCUUACCUUUACCAAGGAUUUUGAGGUGUCCGUUACAAAGGACACUGACACUCUCGAUGCUUGGCUUGUGUGGUUUGAUAUGUUUUUCAUGCCAUCCUGCGAGAGCGAGUUAGAGGGCAACCCGGUUCCAAGUGCCAUGAAGAAGAUAGACAGGGUUGCUUUUACAACUGGUCCUGAUGGACAAGAAACUCAUUGGCAUCAGGGGAUAUUUUUGGUAAAACAUGGGAAAUAUGGAAAAUGCCCCUUGAAAAAAGGGCAGCAUAUCAAGGGAAAAAUUGCAUACAAAAAGCAAGAAAAGUCACGAUUACUAGACAUUUGCAUUGAAUGGGCUGUCGAUGAAAAGCCGUCUGUUUCUCAGGAAUGGGCAUUGCAAUGA